AGUCCUUAUCCAUAUUUUUAUGGCUAUGGAUUUUCAUAAGAAUAGACUAAGAUUUCUUAGCUUUAGAUUUUGCUAAUUUACGAUGUUUUCGUCAUUGUCCCUUAUUUACUCUCAGCUGUGGCAAAAUGGAUCCAGUCAGCCGGAUUAUCUUGUCCACAUUUAUUUUUUAACCUUCAAGCAGAUUCGAAUUAACAUUUUCUUCCACAAAAAUAAAACCGAACCGAUAUGAAAGCGCGCUCUUCUAUCAAUCUCGUUCUCUUCUGCUUGCCACACACACGUCGUCGUCGAAGAUGGAGAAAUCUGUCACCCCAAGGAGCAAAAAGGUUAGCAAUAACAUACCUGAUGACGUUUCACUCUCCAUUCUAUCAAAACUAUCUCUAAAAUCUCUCAAGAGAUUUGAAUGUGUAUGUAAACAAUGGUCAAUCUUAUUCGAAAACCCUUAUUUCAUGAAUACCUACCGCAAUCAUAUCAUACAUACAAAUCAUUCUCAUUAUGAUUACUAUGAUGAUGAUGAUGAUGAAUCUCUCAUCUUACAACAUGCUAUACUGAUUGACCCCGUAGUUACUCCCGGCCCCACACACUGGUCCACCUUGUAUUUCGUUUCUGGUGAGAGAUUUGAGAACAGGUUCAAAUUGAAUUUUUCACUUCCAUUUCAAGUCCUUGGUCCAGAUGUUAAUAUUGUCGGGUCUACAAGUAUCAAUGGCACUCUUUGUCUCUCUAAUUUAUUGGAUGAUGAGAGGAAUGUUGUAUUGUGGAAUCCAAUUACCGACGAAUUCACUGUCAUUCCUCCUAGCCAUGUCGAGUCCUCACCUUACAGGACUUUUAUUGCUAUUGUUCAUGGAUUUGGUUAUGAUCAUCUUAACGAUGACUAUAAGGUGAUUCGCUAUGUAGAAUUUAAUAGCCUAUCUUUCAGUGAAAUUUACUGUCGGGAUUUGUCAGAGAAUGAUCCAUCAUUAGAUGUAUAUGAGGAACCGGUAUGGGAGAUAUAUAGUCUUAAAAACCACUCUUGGAAGAAACUUGAUGUUGACAUGUCUAUGGUGCUGCGCCCUAAAACUGGGAAAGACCUUAUCCGAUUCUACAUGGAUGGAAUGUGUCAUUGGUGGGAUAAAAUUGAAAAAGACAAUGAUGGAUCAUAUUUUGUUUCAUUUGAUGUCAGCAAUGAGGUGUGUGUUACAACACACAUGCCCUUGGAAAUCGGUGAUACUUUUGAUCUUAGAUCGGUGAAGAGACAUUUGGUGAUGUUGAAUAAGUCCAUUGGUUUGAUCUCAUAUAGUGAGGAGACGAAUACUCUUCACGUGUCAGUUUUAGGUGAAAUUGGUGUAAAGGAAUCGUGGACCAAACUUUUCAUUAUUGGGUCAUUGCCUUAUGUUGACUAUCCCGUUGAAGCAGGGAGGAAUGGUGACAUAUUCUUCGUUAAAAAAGAUGGAGAACUAGCUUGUUUUAAUUUGGAUACCCGGACUGUUAAGGAGCUUGGUGUAGAGGGAAUCAUGAGUCAAAUGGUAAUUUAUAAAAAAAAAAGCCUUCUUUCGAUCAGAGGAAUAAAUAAAUAAUUGUCUUUGUUUUGUUUUCACCCAAGAAGUAUCCUUCGUAUUUUUAAGCAAUUAUGGCUGGUAGUUUGGACUCUAUUUUGAAGAACUGCCCAGAGAACAAAUUGAGCAGUUAUAGCAGCCUUAAGCUACAAGUUUCAUUCCACCAACUACUUCAAUUCUCAUAAUAUCAACAGCAAAAGCAAUCAAGCAUUCCAUUUCUUUCUAAACUUAGCCUAUACAAAGCAAUCUAAAGGUUGCGAUGAAUGAAGCAGCCAAGGAAAUAGAAAGGAAAGCAGUAGUAACUAUGAAUAAGGCCCAAGGAAUGGAAGUUGCUGCAGCAGUUGGUACUUACCAUGUUUGAGAAGACAUUGUACAGGUCUUUGCUUUUAGUGUCAUUUUAAAUAACUCGACGUAUUCUAUUAUGUUCGGAUUUUUAGAUCACUUCAGUUUGGGAUUGACGCGUCUGUAGGGGUGAAAUAACUAAUUGACUGGGUUAGUAGGUUACAUUCAAAUAAGUGUCAUGUCACUUAUUUGCAUAUCUUUUUUAUGUUAUUUUCUGUGUACUCUAUAUUCCAUGUUUUCUCCACCUUUAUGAGUA